AUGCCGUCCAAGACGCUCAUCCCGCGCUUCCUCCUGCCCGCGCACGGCCCGGCCUGGCGCGGCAUCCGCAUCCCGCCGUCGCAGAGCCUCAUCCGCGUCCGCUACGCCUCGACGGCGCCCAAGGCAAAGACGAUUGUGCUCGGCAAGCCCGCCAAGUUCAACCCGCCCUCGCACGGCGCCCGCCUCAGGGGAAACGUCCUGCCCAAGCACUAUGCCCCCGAGCUGUCGCCCGCCGAGAAGGCGGCCCAGAAGAUUCGCAACUAUCCCGGCCUGAUGCCGCCCGAGGGGACCCUGGCCCAUCGCAUCUGGUCCCAUCGGAUGCUGCACGUCUUCAUCACCAUGGGCGUCCUGUUCUCCCUGGGCAUCUACACCUUCUUCCUCAACUUCGUCCACAACUCGCCCUUUAAGCACCUCGUGCCCCCGAUCUCGGACCUCUGGAACGAGCCCGCCUACUUCUUCUCCGCGUGGAAGAACGUCAUCAUCAUGCACGAAAAGGACAAGUCGGCCAAAGCCGUCGACCAUCGCAUGCGCCACCUCGACGACGUCGCCAAGCGCAGGUUCUUCAUGAAGAUGCACGGCAUCGAGCCCAAGGACCCGGUCCUCAUGGUCUUUGGCAAGGGCGAGAAGAUGAGGCCCGACCCGGUGCCCGCGGCGGCCGACUUGGACCCUGACACGCCACACAACGCCGAUGACCAGGAGGAGCCUACGCAGCGGAAGAAGUAG